AUGCCGGACAUAAACAAAGAGAUAGACGAUGAGGGACUUUUACCCUCUGAGGACGACGGAAAUAUGGCCGAGCCGUCGCAUUCCGCUUCGAAUACAUUUACAUAUAAUGACUACACUGUGGGCUGGGUGUGUGCGUUGCCCAAGGAGCAGACAGCAGCAACUGUUAUGUUGGACCACAUUCAUCCAGAUCUGCCAAAGCCGCCAACUGAUCACAACACCUACACGCUGGGAUCCAUUGGCAAGCAUAACAUUGUCAUAGCCUGUCUGCCGAAAGGCAAGAUCGGCAAUAAUCCGGCUACGACUGCCGCUACCCAGAUGAUACGUACCUUUCCGUCGAUAAAGGUCGGCCUCAUGGUUGGCAUUGGGGGCGGCAUCCCACCGAAGGUUCAACUGGGCGAUGUUGUAGUUAGCACACCGACCGACCAGUAUCCCGGAGUGGUCCAGUGGGAUUUUGGCAAAACGGAAAAGGAUGGGUUCAGGCGAACCGGAGCGCUGAACAGUCCUCCAAGCGCGAUGUUGACAGCGUUGACGAAACUGGAGACAAGUCAUGAGAUGAAGGGAUCUGAGAUACACCAAUAUCUGAUAGAGAUGAAAAAGAAGUGGCCGAGGCUGAGUCCGGCAUAUACUACACCUGGCUCCUCCGCGAAUCCUUCCAUCACUUUAACAAAUGCUCACCACAACGAGAGCAGAUCGCAAGCCUUUUUUUCCAUGCUCUGGAAGAUGAUUUUCGCUCUUCUUGGGCUUCUCUUAGGCUGGAGGGUGUUUGCUUCGAUAGACGAAAGUACUAACUCAGCCGAGCAGGUUGAGCGUACCCCGGGCAGCGCGGCCGUUGAUGGAGGGCAGCGAAAACCUGGAGAUUUGCGAGUGCAUUACGGUCUAAUCGCAUCCGGCAACCAAGUGAUCAAGGACGCCGAGUUUCGUGACAGUCUCGACAAGAAACUUGGAGGGCAUCUGCUAUGCGUCGAAAUGGAGGCAGCAGGACUGAUGGACAACUUCCCAUGUGUCGUCAUCCGAGGAAUCUGUGAUUACGCCGACUCACGAAAGAACAAAGAGUGGCAGGAAUAUGCCGCAACCGUAGCUGCGGCAUAUGCAAAAGAGCUUCUUCAUCAUCUACAACCGAGUGAUGUCGACCAAGAGAGCCCGCUGAAGGACAUUAUGGAGCAAGUUCUGGGCAGUGUUGAGGAAUUGAAGUCUAAAAUAAACAGCAAGCAAGAUCUUGAAAUCCUCAAUUGGCUCACGCCGUUGGAGUAUGACCUCCAGCAGAACGACUACUUUCAAAGACGACAGGCGGACACUGGCCAGUGGUUUCUCGACUCAGAGAAGUUCCAGCAGUGGCUCAAAGCAAGUUCCAAGACUUUGUUUUGCCCAGGACUUCCCGGAGCCGGCAAGACGAUCCUCACCUCUGUGGUGGUCAACAACCUCGCACAACGGUUUUCCAAAGACCCAAGUGUUGGAAUUGCGUACAUUUACUGCAACUUCCGGCGGACAGAGGAACAGAAUAUCCGCGACUUGCUGGGAAGUCUGCUGAAACAACUAGCUGGUGGAUAUCCGUCUCUGCCGUCUGAGGUGAGAGAUCUUUAUCAUCGCCACGAGGGCAGACGAACACGGCCGUCACUCGAAGAAAUCUUGGACGCUCUGCAUUGUGUGGCCGCCAGGUACUCGAGAGUAUUCAUCAUCGUGGAUGCACUUGAUGAAUGUCAGGCAUCUGAUGGCUGCCGGAACAGGUUACUCUCGGAACUCUGUCACCUUCAGGGGAAACACGGAACCAAUAUCUUGGCAACAUCAAGGCCCGUUCCGGAGAUCAGUGACCAUCUCAAAGUCAGCGAAUCACUAGAGAUUCGUGCAAGUACCGACGAUGUGCGGAGAUAUCUGGAAAGUAACAUGCGGCAGCUGCCAACUUUUGUUGGCCGGAAUCGGCAGUUGCAAGAAGAGAUCAAGGUGGGAAUAUCAGAAGCCGUCGAUGGAAUGUUUCUCUUGGCGAAAUUAUACAUUGGUUUACUUGAGGAUAAGCUGACGCCAAAUGAUAUCCGCAGUGCAUUGGAAGUCUUUCAGAAGCAAGGCCAACUAUCGAGCGAAGAUAUGAAGACCCAAGUCCUAGCCCAGGCGUAUGAGCAGACCAUGGAGAGAAUCAAUAGGCAGAAGCAAGGUUGGAAGGAGCUUGCGAUGAAGGUUCUGUCAUGGAUCACCUGCGCGAAAACACCGCUUACUACGUUGGAGCUUCAACAUGCACUUGCAACAAAGACGGGAAAGUCUGAGCUUGACCAGGGGGACGUGUCAAAUGACAAAGAUAUGGUCUCCGCGUGUGCUGGAUUAGUCACAGUUGAUGAAAAAAGUGACGUUAUCCGGCUGGUCCACUACACAUUGCAGGAAUACUUUGAAAAAACGCAAAAGUGUUGGUUCCCGGACGCCGAGUUUGAGAUCACAAGAACCUGCCUUACUUACCUGUCUUUUAAAGUCUUCAAGACUGGGCCUUGCCAGACAGAUGAAGGGUUUGAGGAGCGGCUGCGGUUAAAUCCACUGUACGACUACGCUGCACGGAACUGGGGACAUCAUGCCUACAGUGCUCCGACUUUAAGCGAGGAAGUUGUCGAAUUUUUACGUCACGAAUCGAACGUAGGAGCAUCGAGUGAAGUAUUGAUGAGUUGCAGAUUGUACUCAAAUGAUCCAGAGCACAGGCAAAGAUCCCCAGGGCAAUACACAGGACUACACCUAGCAGCAUACUUCGGACUAGAAAAAGCUGCAAACACUUUGCUCAUACUUAAGUAUGACCCGGACCCAACAGAUUGUUGCGGUCGGACACCACUGUCAUAUGCAGCCGAGAGAGGACAUGAGGCCGUCGUCAAACUGCUUCUUGCAAACGAUACAGUCAACCCGAAUCUAAAGCUUGCUCAUGGUUAUACGCCGCUGGGUUGGGCUAUUAAUUACAACAAUAAGGCAGUAGUAAAGAUGCUGCUUGAGACGAAACAAAUUGACCUAAAUUCUGCGUGUGCUUAUGGUGAUACGCCGCUGUGUUGGGCUCUUCGUCACGACAACGAUUCAGUGGUAAAGAUGCUGCUUGAGACGAAGCAGAUUGACCUAAAUCCUGCGUGUGCUGAUGGUUACACGCCGCUGUGGUGGGCUCUUCGUCGCAACAACGAGGGACUGGUAAAGAUGGUGCUUGAAACGACCCAAAUUGACCUAAAUGCUGCAUGUGUUGAUGGUCACACGCCGCUGUGGUGGGCUAUGCGUUACAAGAACGAGGGCAUCGUCAAGCUGCUACUAGCAACAAACCAAAUUCACCUUAAUUCUGAGUGUGAUGGUCGUCGAAAACCGUUAUGGUGGGCUAUGAAUUCCGAGAACCUGGCCAUCGUCAAACUGCUGCUCGAGACAAACCAGAUCGACCUUAAUUCUGAGUGUGCUGAUGGUCGCACGCCGCUGUGGUGGGCUAAAGUUUUCAAUCUGAAGGUGCUGCUAGCGACAGAUGGAAUUGACCCGAAUUCGGAGUAUUUUAAAUAUGAUUAG